GUUUGUUAGCAACAGCCUUGAGAAAUGUAAUGUGGUUUUAUCUAUGAGUCCAUGGUAUAAAGGGCUGCACUUUGCUCCAGAUUUCCAUGACUGCAAACCAAAUGUCACCAUCGGCACCUUUCUGAAGUGUGCAGCAUGACAGAGCUCCACGAAGCUGUGGCUUUGGGGGACUAUGACUUGGUACGUGAGAUUUUGAAGACAGGACGCUGCGACCCAAAUCACAAGGAUGUCGACUGGCAUGACAGGACCCCUCUGCACUGGGCUGCUGCAAAAGGGCAAUCGGAGCUGGUCAAGCUCCUCGUGAAUCACGGCGCCCGGCAUUGCCUGCGGAGCGACGUGGGCUGGACCCCGGCUCACUUUGCUGCCGAGUCGGGGAGGCUGGGGGUGCUCCGCACCCUCCAUUCCCUGCACGCUGCCAUGGACGCGGCCGACCGCUUCGGCGACACUCCCAAGAGGCUUGCGGAAAUCUACGGCCACCAAGACUGCUUCAGGUUCUUAGAAAUAGCAGAGGUGGAGAGCAGAAACUACCGCAAGACAGCUGCAAUGAAAGGAAUCCCCUUAGACCAGAGAGAUGAAGACUGGGAACUCAAGAAAGAAGAACUUGAGAGAAACCCACCAUGUUCUUGGCAGAACGACACAUCCUCCACUCCAAAGCAAAAAUGGAAAAAAAGGGGGAAGCAGUAGUGUGCCCUGCCUAUUUUGUUCGACUGACAACUCCUAAUGCAGAACAAAGACACUGGCAGACCUUAGACGCAUCUGCAGGGUGAAAUAUGGAUGAACAGGAGAAGCAGGUGGCCACAAGAACGCACCUGUGUGAUGUACUGUAAAUACUGUCAUUAAUAGGGAACAGGUAGAAGUGCUUCUAUCGGUCUGUAUGUCUAUAUGUAUCAGAUCUCAAAUAUCAGAAAACUGCUGAAGAUGUUUAAAUAGACUAGUACUCUAAGUCACUGAAAUGUAUAAACUUACAGAAAUUACAUGUUGUCUGAGAUGGAAACGGUUUUGCUCCUAAUUGAUUCAUGAAAGUAUCUGAAACUGUGGUUCUGCUCACUCUA